AUCGAACUUUAGUUACCAUAUUGAACUCAGUUGAACCACAAGCAUUAAGCUAAUCGGUUCAUUUACACUCACCGAAAAAUUAUCUAUCGACUAUGGAAAAACAAGAGGAGAAACAAUUGCCUCCAGCGUACACGGAGCAACCGUUGCCCAGCAGUAAUUUUACCCCAGCACAGACCUAUCAGCAGUAUCCGGGAGGACCCACCCAACCACCGUUAUAUCCACCCUAUAUACCACAACCACCACAGCCAGCAACCACAACAGGCGCCUGUGUGAUCAUCAACUCAAGUACACAACACCAUCAACCAAUUCCAGUUGGAAGGGAUCCGACUCUUGUGCGUUGUCCUUCCUGUCAAAACGACGUGAUGACCACUGUGCAGACCACGCCCUCAGGACGAACUCAUCUCAUCGCAUUGGGACUGUGUCUAGUUGGCUGCUGGCCUUGUGUUUGUAUUCCUUAUUGCAUGGAUUCCUGCAAAUCGGCCGAUCAUUAUUGUCCCGUCUGUAACGCAUUUGUUGGCAGCCGCAGGGAUUAAUCCAGUCAUCAAUCAACAACUUUAACUGAACUCAAGAUAUCGCGUUAUGUGUACAAUAAAAAGCCUAUUAAGUUACGAGCAUUAUAAACUGGAACGAAAACAGUUUAAACAAUUUAUUUAAUAUACUUAUAGUAUCAAUGUUAUUAAAUUGGAAAUUUACUUAUAAAGUUAAAAAAAAAAAAA